GAGGAUAAUGGGACUUGACCUAUUGGAUGUGAGCUUUAUAAGGGCUACAGAGGUCAGAACUGAGCUACAUUUUAUUUUAUUUAUUGUCCGAGACAGCAACCAGAGCUUGUAACCACAGAAAACAACAUGUUAAGUCUCUGCAGAGUUCAGUAGAGUGGAAAUAUAGUCAUGCAGACAUGUAGGUGAAAAAACAAGUCUUCCAGAUUAAGGUAUUGUUUUGCUUUCUUAAAAAUGUCCUCUGUAGGAAUUUGAAUGAAAUUUAAAAAAUUCAAAUACUUUCCUGUUAAUUGAUGAGAAUACUUAUGAUUUACAUAUUCCUAACAAGAAGCAUGCUGAAGGUAGUCAAAUAAAGCGCUGAAGUAAUUGAUCAACCAAUCAUUAAUUAGUUGGUUAUCAAGUCAUUUAUCAACAAAAAUAUCAAGACUUCUCUGCAGCCUGUUAAUUAAAUUUUUUCAAGAGUCUUCUUACUCUUUGUGGACCAUAAGAUUAAUUGAUUAAUAACAUAAUCCAGAUAUGCAUUGAUGAAAGUAAUAAUUUGUAGCUGCCCGGAGGAUUGUAGUGGAUGUGAGAUGUUCUUUACUGGUAGCAUUUACAACUGUCUCUAUCUUUCAUGAAUAUUAGCCUCAGUGUCGUGUUGUUUGUCCUCAUCUCCUGUCAUUCACAUCCAGUCCACUAGUUGUCCCUCUAGUGUUCCUUCCUUUGUAGAUCACCUGAUUUAACCUGCUUUCUUUUUAGCUUGUGUUUACCUGUUGCUCUCCUGCCUGGGUCACUUUUGAUUUUCUUGCUUUGCAAGUUUUUACCUCAACAUGAGCAGAUGUUUGUCUGCCAACGGAUGUGUUAGUCCAGCUCUGCAGCCAAAAUCGAGAUUGGUUCUGUCCUGGUAAGUUAACUAGUUCAAUAUCAGAGUUAAAGUGAUUUUCUAUAUUCUGACUUGAUUCAAGUUUACUAUUUAGUGAGUCAAAAGUUUUUCUGCUCUGUCCAUUUAGAAUCAUCAUGGAGUCUCCUUCACCGCCUCUGUUCUCAUCAAUUGAUGGCAUCACCACACAUAUCUGUUUGACACACUGGAUGAUGGCUUCUGGGGCCCCUGAGAUCGUCACUGCUCUCUCUGUGGAGUUGGGGAGCAUGUCACCUGCAACCUGGACCUGAGCUCCUGUGGACUAAAGCUGUGCCAGCAGCCCCGGUGAACGUGUCGGUGACUCAGCUGAGGGCACACUCGGCCAUGGUGACCUGGAACGUCCCUCAGGGGGACAAUGUGAUCGGGUACUCCAUCUCACAGCAGAGGCAGGACGGCCUGAUGCAGCGCUCCAUCCGAGAGGUGAACACGUCCAGUCGCUGGUGUGUGCUCUGGGAUCUGGACGAGGACACACACUACAGCGUCCAGGUGCAGUCUGUUGGGCCGCAGGAUGACAGCCAGCCCAGCCGUGCCGUCCACUUCAGGACUCUGGAGAAGAGUGAUCAUUAUCCAGCCGGAGUCCUGGACCACAAUGAGCCGGCGAUGGAAGGUUUGGGCAUGACUCCUCACUUACAGACGGGAGAGCUGCUCAUCAUCACCACUGUGCUGCUGCUGUGGGCAGCCGUCAUCGCCCUCUUCUGCCGACAGUAUGACAUCAUCAAAGACAACGACUCCAACAGCUGCAAAGAGAAAGCCAAGAGGCCGCUGGUGCGAGCCCCUCCUCCCUACUACAGCACUUCAGCCGGCAGCUCACCCAUCUACCACAACGGAGCCGUACGCAGCAGCAGGCUCCACAGAGCCUCCUCCUCCAUCAGCAUCAUUAGAGUCUGAGUUUGGGUGUUUGGCUUUGAGACUCGACAUCUUGCUGUACAACGCAGGACGGACGGAGUCAGUGAUGUGCGACUUUUGCCUGAGGAACUUCAGUGGGAUUAUCAUGACAGAUGAAGAAUUUAUAGACUGAGUCUAAAUUAUUGUAAAAUAUGGGGGAAAUAUGAAACACUCCAUGCAAAUGAACUGUGGAGUAAAUGGAUGACUACUGCUCUCUAGUGGCAGAAGACGGCAGCAUUAACACGUGCAGGUUUUCAAGGAGGAGUUCAGCUCGAGGACUUCUGCCCUGCAGCCAAACUCAUGUCCUUUUUUAUUUCUAUUAACCUUCUGAUUUUAAAGACUAAUUGUGAAUAUUUGCAUGUCGGUCUCAAAUGAAUUCAAAAGCUCUGUGUCAAGUGUGUGUGUGUGGUUACAUUCCAAAUAUUUAGUUUUUUCUACAUUCUAAUUCAUCUCAUCUGUGUUUUUCAUCUCCUAAUUAAUAAAACUAGUGUAUUAUAUGUACAUAGUUUAAAUUGAAAGUAUUGGUAAUUUAAGUAUGAUGGAAAUACAUAUUUUAAUGUAUAGGAUGAUUCAUUUUACACUAAAUUUUCUUCAAUUAAAUCAAGUCAUAAUUUUAGCAUUUAGUUAGUCAUGACAUUUUUAAUCAAUCUAUGAUGACUAAGCAUACUUUCCAGCCUGCAUUGUGUGAGUUAAAAUGCAGCAGCUGCAAAUCAAGCUUAAUAUAUUUUUUUCUCUAUAUGUUUUUUGGGUUGGUAUUGUUGAAUUGUAAAUGACUUAAACUACAGGGUCAGAGUAUAAUAAUUCAGGCUGCUAUGGUCAACAUUAACUCAGCUUUAGCGAUGCUGCUGCAAGAUCUCAGGCCACAAAAAUCCAAGUUGUAAAAUAAUAUAAACUAAUAUUACGGCAGGAAAGAAGUCUGAGCAUCUAAAAAAAAGCAUCUCUCCUAUACUCUGCUGCCUGAUAAGUAUAUCCUAAAACUGCAAUAAUUAAUACUUACUGAAUGAGACGUCACGUCGGUCAACUCUCACCAGAUCAGCCAGGUUCGAUGUGCAUCGGGAAGCAAAUGCAUCUGCCCCCUUUCUUCAGUAAAUUAUUGGGAUGUAGAAGAAAUCUUGGCCUUAAGAGGGAGCAGUCUGUUCACAUACAUGAUGGGGUUUAUGGGUCAUUAUCACUGACAGCUCUUUCUUGAAUGUACCACAUUCAAACCAGUGAUUUUGAAAAAACAAAGUGCAUUGAAAGCUACAAUAUAUAUCGUCUCUGUCAUGGUCAAAUCAAACUUUUUUAUUUUCAUUGUAUUUCCUUUAUUUGUGUUGCUCCAGAUUAGUUUCAAGUUACCAUCAUGUAAACAAAGAUUAUGUUCGUGGAUCAAGUGUCUGAUUAUAAUUUCUGACUAUUCUCCAGUUUCAAUAAAAAUGAAAUAAAUGAUUUCAUCAGUGCAUGCAGGAUGACCAACAGGUAAGUAGAUAAUGGGCUGUUUACAUGUAGACAUACAGUAGAUGGGCAUUUUUCUGGAAUUAACAUUUCAAUAUGGACAAACCUCAGCAGCAGUUUCCUGUCAACACUGGAGGAAAAAUACAUCUAAAAAUCAAACAAGAUAAGCAGAAAGGUUCAUUGAUCAGAUACCGAAAUGAUCUGCAGAUUCACAUUUACUCCAAACAAAAGACACAAAUAAUAUGAAUUAAAGGAUAACUAUGUUUCCUGA